UAACGGUCCCAGCCAAAGGGUGAAGUCUGGCCACACCCAGGAGAUUUUACAUUUCUCAGAAGACCCAAUCAGAUCAAGUUACAGUGAAGAAGAUGAAGGUUCUCUCAUUCUGCCACAGCUCCAGAGCCUGCUUCCCUCUCCCUGGGUUUAUUAUUUUCUUCUUUACUUGUUAUGUUCACAGGAUGGAAUCAGCAAAGUUCACAGUGAUUGGACCCUCUGACCCUGUCAUGGCCAUCCUGGGUCAGGAAACUGUGUUACCCUGUCACCUGUCCCCCAGCAUGAGCGCUGCAAACAUGGAGGUGAGAUGGUUCCGAUCUGAGUUUGAAUCCUUUGUGCACCUGUAUCGUGAUGGGAAGGAUUGGUUUGAUGGGCAGAAGCCAGAGUAUCAGGGAAGGACAGAGCUUUUGAAAGCCAGACUCACAGAUGGGAUUGUUCCCCUGAGGAUUCUCAAUAUCAGACGUGCUGAUGAAGGACAAUACCUUUGUUUUGUUCAAGAUGAUACUUCUUAUGGAGAAACUGUAUUGGAACUGCGGGUAGCAGGUCUAGGCUCUGCUCCUCUCAUCUCUGUUGAAGGUCACCAGGAUGGAGGGAUUCGGGUGAUCUGUCAAUCAGUUGGUUGGUACCCAGAGCCUGAAGUGCUGUGGAAAGAUCUCAGUGGGCGAGAUUUACCAUCACUCUCUGAAACAACAUCCCGAGGCGAUAACAACUUGUUUGAAAUAGAAACUGCGAUUGUUGUGAAAAAACAUUCAAACCAAAACUUGUCCUGUUGCAUCAGGAACACCAUUCUCAAUCAAGAAAAGGAAUCAGCAGUUUAUAUAGCAGAUUCCUUUUUUCCGAGGGUGAAUCCCUGGAUGGUGGCUCUGAGUGUUAUCCUGGUGGUUUUGUUUGGUUUCAUGGGCCUCACUGUUUAUCUGUUUAAAAUGAAAGGGAAACUUACUGAAGAAGUUGGCAAACGAGAUAUAGAAGUUGAAAUUGGUAAGUUGGCUGCAGCCCAGGGGUGGAGAAGAUCCGUGGCACCUAUAGAAGAAGCGAAUGUGACUCUGGAUCCAGACACGGCUCAUCCCAACCUCGUUUUGUCUGAGGAUGGGAAAAGUGUGAGAUGUGUAGACACACAGCAGCGACUGCCCAACAACGCUGAGAGAUUUGACACUGAGCUCUGUGUGCUGGGCUGUGAGGGAUUCACCUCGGGGAGACAUUGCUGGGAGGUGGAGGUGGAGGUUGGGCGAUACUGGGCUGUGGGGGUGGCCAGAGAGGCUGUGGGGAGGAAGGGAUGGAUCAGCCAUAGCCCUGAGGGGGUGAUCUGGGCUGUGCAGUGGCAGGGUCAGUUCAGGGCUCUCACCUCCCCUUUGACCCCCCUGCCCCUGAGCCGGGUCCCCAGCAGGAUCCGGGUUUGUCUGGACUGUGACCGGGGGCAGGUGACAUUUAUCGAUGCUGGUGACGAGGCCCCGAUCUUCACUUUCCCGCCGGGCUCCGUCCCUGGGGAGAGAAUCCGACCCUGGCUCUUGGUGGGGUGGCAAUCCCAGAUCAGCCUGUGUCCCUGA